CGGAGGAAAUGCUGCUGAAGAGCAGCGAUGAAGAGGUCGUAGCUGGCCUCGAAAAGCUGACGGUCAGGAGACAUAGACUCUCCGGGGCCGCCAGAAGGAGGAUGAAGUUCCUUCUAAAGAAAGGGAUGGCUCCUGACGAUGCCAAGAAAGAAGCCUCCAAACCAAUUGGUCCAAAGCAGAAAACAGGCCGAGGGACCAAGAGAAAUAGGUCGGAGGACAGCACGCCUAAAGGCAAGGAGCCAAAGAGUGCCAAAUGCGAGGCUUCAAAAGUCGCACGGUCCUCAGGAGGUGCCGGGGCUCAGGCCUCGGGUGCCUCCAAAGUUCAAUCCUCGGGAGCUUCCGGGGCUCAGCCCUUAGGAACUCCCAAGGGUCCCGCAUCAGGUGUGCCCACCUACAGCCAGGCUACCGCUGGUCUGAAGGUGGGGAUAAUGCACAAAAAAUUUCCAGAGGUGAUUUUGGAAAUGGACCAACUAAUGGCCAUCAAAAAAUCGCUAAUGGAAGAGAUUAUUGCAUUGGGGAACGAGGACGCCAUAACGCCCACGUUCCACCAACUGCAUAUGAGGCCAGGCUGGCUUGGGCUGACAUGCUCUGUCAAAGCCACUGUAGAGUGGCUGAAGAGCAUACAGCCAAAACUCAAACCUUGGGAGGGAGCUGACCUAAGGAUAGCCGAAGAGGCAGAACUGCCUCACCCGGAGAUCCUGGUCGGAUAUCUCCCCGACAGCCAUGAUCUCUCCAAUGAGAAAAUUCUCAAGGCGGUAGAGAAUCAGAAUGCAGGGCUCAAAACCUCCAGCUGGGGAGUCCUUCGAAGGGGACCAUCAGGACCCAUGCUUGAGUUUGUCAUCUCGGCUGAUAGAACAUCGGUCGAGAAACUUAGAGCAAAGAAUUGGCAGAUAAAUUACUUUUUCGGCCAAACAAAUCUCCGCCUAAAGGGACCAAAGACAAUGGCCGAGAGGAGAGGAGCAUCUCAGGCCCCAACCUCUGGUCCGGCGUCGAAAAGGCCCAAAGGGGAGGUAAAGAAGAAGGUGGUGAAGCCUCCAGGAAAUGAAGAGGCCAUAAAACUGACCACCAGCUCUGGGGGGAGGGCUGAUCCGCAAGGGCGUGAUAAGGGGGGGUCCGACGGAGAAAAACCGGCGGUCCCUUCCGAAAAGCCUAGCGGACAUCCUACCUCAUAAGGAGUAGAUGUCUGACAUGCCUUCAGAUAAACCUCCAGCACUCGAAGGCAGCCUCUAGUGCCUUAUGCUGGAGAACAUCUAGAAGGCAUGUUGACAUAGGGCUGAUACAAGAGCCCUGGAUCAAUGGAGGUCAAGUAAGAGGCCUACCAAACAAAGUAUAUCAGACGAUAUACUGCGAUAAGGCAAGUUCCUGACAAGGGAUCUUGCUGCGGCAUUGGUUGAGGUGCGAACUGAGAACAUCAAGAGGCAGCUUGUUAUCGCCUCAGGAUAUUUUCCAGGAGACGCCAUCAGCCCACCACCGGAGGAAGUACAACGCCUCAUCGAAUGGUGCCGCAUAGAGAAAAAACAACUGAUUCUGGGCUGCGAUGCGAACGCACACCACAAAGUAUGGGGCAGCACAGAUAUAAAUCAUAGAGGUGAGGUUUACUUGACUUUCUAUUUUCUACUAACAUAGAGAUAGUAAAUGUGGGUAAUAGUCCAACCUUCAUGAAUGCGAUCAGAAGGGAAGUAAUUGACCUUACACUGGCGACACCUUUUAUUGCGGGGAUGGUCAAGAACUGGAGGGUCUCAGAAGAGCCAUCCAUGUCAGACCAUAUGGCAAUAGAAUUCAAC